GGCGACUUGGCAGUUCCCCGAUGGCGUGGGUUGCCUCUGCUUGGAAUCAUACUUAAGUAUGGCGAAUAACCAUACACCUUCUCAUCUAUGCCCACUGCGUCACAAUCCUGCAUAACACAUUCAUACGAAAGAUAUUUCAAACCUAUCAUUACCCUUCGUUCACCAAUCAGCAUACUACUACGAGCAACUCCGAGACGAAAAGAAACAAUGAUGACCAAGCUCUGGAUCAUGGCUGGCUGCAUAGCGGCAGCCUUCUCAACCGCUACAUCUGCGAACACCCUUCAAGAACACAAUAUUCCACUCAGCCUAGCCCUCGAAAUCGCCCAGGAUGCAGUACAGGACUGUGCCAACAAGCAAUACAGUGUAUCAGCAGCUGUAGUAGACCGUGCGGGUGUCCUACGCGCCCUGCUGCGGGCUGACAAUGCAGCUAUUCACACACCGGAGGCGUCGCGUCGAAAGGCCUAUACGGCCGCAUCGUCGCGCACAGCGACAAGUACUAUGGUCAAGAACAUCCAAAAUCCUGGCGCUGCCCAACUUGUGGCGGUGAAUGAUUUCCUCGUUCUCGCUGGUGGCGUGCCAAUCAGAGUCGGAAACGAGACAAUUGGCGCUGUCGGUGUCGGUGGUGCUCCCAGCGGAGAUCUCGACGAAGCCUGUGCGAUGGCGGCGCUCCAGAAGGUGGUAGAAAAGCUGGUAUAAACUAUUACGCUAGGCAUGAUGUUCUAUUGGAGCACGGGCGAAGUCCAGUCCAUCGCCUCGUUUCGGUCGGCCUCUACUAGGACUGGUGUCUGUUACUUUCGUAUUGGGCAAUGCCAUGAGGCUGUUUCUGUGAUAAUGGCCAUUGAGAAUAUUGGGAUGUAUAGCAAGCACUUUUCUGGUCUCUUUUGGUACGACCUUGAGAUAUCGAUGGAGACUCGAUGUACAAUGUAGGUGUUAAUAUGGACUUUCAGUUAGUGAUUGGGACCACAGAGAAAGUAGAGCUAUGUAUAUAACCACUUUUCCCUUGCUUUUGCUUUUCCUUUUCGAAACACUUGGCCCCACCGUUAAGAUAGUGAUUAGAUUUAGAUAUGAGGUGUUUCGAUCUAAUAACUUCUGCUGCUGUA